AUGAGCAAGUGCGGAGCGUGUGGCAAAUUCCUCUCCUCGAUAGGAGCCGCUAGUUGUACCAUCUGCCCCAGUCUUUACCAUAAGGGGUGCGUGGGUGUACCGGAUACGGCCACUAUUAUAAAAGACUGGGUUUGCCCAGAUUGUAAAAGGAGGACCAAGAAGGGUGACAACAGCACAACCCCUAUAAGAGGAAUAUGCAGCAGUACUCCUAGCACUUCAUCACAACACACUACUACUGACAUGAGCUCGGAGAUUAGAGAUAUGCGACGCGAGCUUGCGGACUAUAUGGGAGAGCUUCGCGAACAUCGCAAAGAGAUGUCUGAACUCCGGAGUACUCUGUUAGGUUUAAAUGAGCGCCUCGACUCCGUGGAGCGUAGACUUGAUGCAGUUGAGCAGGGUUCCGUGUCGUUGGAGAAGGUGGUGAAGCUGGAGAAGGCGGUAGAGCAGUUAAAGGGGGAGCUCAACGACAGAGACCAGGAGGUCUUAUUGACCGACUUAGAUAUCGGUAACAUCCCGGAGCCUGCAGGAGAGAACACAGUUCACACAAUCACCGUCCUGGCCUCAAAGCUGGGAGUGACCCUGGCGCCUGCUGAUAUCGUGUUCGCUGAACGUGUUGGUCGCAACGUGAUGGGUAGCGAGAUCGCUGUGGACGAGCCAAAGCGGUCGCGGCGCAUAGUGGUACGUCUAACUCGCCGCCAGCUACGCGACGAACUGCUGCGCGCGGCGCGAGUCCGCCGCACGCUCUCCAGCACCGAUCUCGGGGUGGCUGGUGCACCUCAGCGGGUAUACGUCAACGAGCGGUUGACGCGCCAUAAUCGUCAGCUCUUUCAUAGAGUCCGGGAGGAGUGUCGUCGUCUAAACUGGCGAUACUCGUGGACCAAAAGAGGUCGUAUUUUUGCGCGGCACAAUGAUGGUAAGCAGGUGCACCUUAUUCGGACCACCGAUGACAUUGAGCGGGUUUUUAAGUACACCACUGUUUGA